AUGUCCAUGCAAGCCGGCGCAUAUGCCUACGAUCCAAAUGCGGCCAGUACCUAUGCCAUGCAGCAAACUCUCAGCAGUAUGGCAUUUCCGGCAACCCUGACACAUGCCGCGACGUAUCCGGGAGGGAGUGAUAUGAUAUCAGAUGCGGCGCAAUAUAGAAGAAGUAGCAUUUCAAUGCUACACCGAAGUCCGUCGGUCAAAGCGGAGAUGCACUCGCCCGUCCAGCCCAGCCUACUGUUCAAUGACCCGAAUUUUGUCGACGAUUAUAAGCACUCCAGCUCGUCGGAUUCGGAGCUCGGCAUCACUUUUUCAACUGAUGUUGAUAUCUUGAUGAAAGCUAUCCAGGCGAAGACAGCACCAGCGCAAGCACGCCAGCAACGGCCCAGUAAAAUCGUGAAGGAGCUUCAGGAAGCUCCACGAUCAAGCGGACGUACGAAGAAGCGGUAUCAGUGUAGCAUGCCUGACUGCUACAAGAGCUUCUACCAAAAGACACAUCUCGAAAUUCACACGCGUGCACAUACCGGGGUCAAGCCUUUCUUGUGCAAAGAGCCUUCGUGCGGUCAACGGUUUUCCCAACUCGGCAACCUAAAGACACACGAGCGGCGCCAUACCGGGGAGCGGCCAUAUAACUGCGACGUCUGCGGCAAGACCUUCGCUCAGCGCGGAAAUGUCCGAGCACACAUGAUUGUUCACCAGCAGAUCAAGCCGUUCACUUGCAAGCUUGAUGAUUGCGGGAAACAGUUCACCCAGCUUGGCAAUCUUAAGUCACAUCAGAACAAGUUUCACGCAUCAGCUUUGCGGUACCUGACUCAAAAGUUCGCAUGCAUUCAGGAGGGCGAUCCGGUGACCACGCAAGACAAGGAGCUGUGGGAGUACUUUGCGUCACUGUACAAGAACUCAAACAAAGGCAUCAAAGGUCGCGGCAAGGAUCGCAGAAUUUCUACAGUAUCUUUAUCUGCCACCUCUUCGUCGUUAUAUCCUUCCAUCGACAGCAAUGCGGCAUCCUCAAAUCAUGGCAGCGUCACGUCCAGCAACAACGAUAGCGAUAGGAGCAGCCGGUCAUCGUCGAUUUCAUCGGAUUCCAAUGGUCAGUCCAUCGAUCAUGCCGGGUUUGGGUUUGACGGUAGUACCACGGUGGGCUUCGCACCGCGGAACCCGGCGUUUGAAGACUUUGUCUUUCCCGAAAGAAAGAUGUUUUAA